CGCGCACCUAAAUUGAACUUCUGACUUAGACUACAUACACAAUACGGAGUAGUGCAUACCUUUACCCGGCCACAACGGCGCACGGCCUUAUCGGUCAACCCACCAUCAACCCCGCAGGAUUCCCGACACUACAGUCCUCCGUACUACCGUACAUACAUUCAAUCCAACUUCAUCAUCAUGGGUCGCUGGUCCUAUCUCGACAGUGACGAGGAGCGCCUGCCCGAGGGCAUGGUACGGGUAGGCUACGAUGCCGACACCCAAGUGUACACGUACCGCGACAGCGACGGCAGUUACUGGGAGGGCGCCCCUGGGGCGCGGUACGGCAAGCUGCAUCGCGUGCGGUCGUCGACCCCGCCGCUGCCCAGCGUGCACAUCGCCAACGAUAUCCGGGGCGAAGAGCAGCCCUACAUCCUGCACGACUUUUACGGUUCCGACACGGACGAAUCCAGCGGCGAGGGCGACCCCGCGUUCAGCCACGGCAAUAACGGGAAAACGGGCGCUUCCCCCCGAUCCCCAACCAAAGCCGUUCUCCACGGGGCCGAUCGACCCCACCACCCGACUCCCGGCAAAGGCAGCAAGACCUUGCCCCGCCUCUUCACCGCCACGAACCGAAACCCGGACCCAGACCCGGACCCGGACCUGGACACGGACACGGACAAGCUGAGCACCGCGACCACCAUCCGGGCCUCGGUCUCCAGUGCACCGUCCGUCACGUCGGAGGCCACCACCACCACCGCGACUAACGACGCCAGCACCAACGCCAGGACGGGCCCGGGCCUCAGACGCGCCGGCACGCUCUCCCGCCUUGCCCGCUUCCUGUCGCCGUCUUCCCCGUCCCCAUCGGACCCGGGCGGACGCCUCGGGCUGGCGCGGCGGGCUACCGUCCACAGCGGGACGGGGGGGGAGGAAAAGAAGAAGGGGUCAUCUCCGUCUCGCUCCUCUUCUUUUUCUUCUCGUCGCCCUUGGGCCGCUGCGACUAGUGGUCGUAGUGGUGGUGAUGCGGCAGGAAAUGCCCGGUGGCCUGGCUCCGGCCCCGGCGCCGGAACGGGGUCGGGACCAGGGGGGCAGCGCAAGAAGUGCGCGACGACGUUUGAGGAGAUUCUGGGGGAAUAAUUGUUUUCCAGGUGGCUCGGACGUUGCAAGGGCUCCUAAAGGGAGCGAUGAAGGGAGAAGAGCAGGCUAAUUCAUCGGGUGCGGUGGUGUUGGGGAGUUUGUUUGUUUCCUGUUUGCAGUCCGGCCGGCGCCUCAGUGGCAAUGCAUGUUGUUUCUGUAUGAGGGGACGGACAAAGACAAAAGUGUGACGGCCAUCGAAAACAACAGCAGAUUGCAAUAGUAGAUCCGAAAAUGUUCAAUGAGUUCCUGGCCUAACCGUGACGCUUCAC